UUAUCUUAAACACGCAAAUUUUGAAAAACCCUGUUACCAGCCAUUUGGGCAAAGAAAUAGUACGGGCUCCUGUUCUCAAUGUCGCAGCAAAGGCAAUGAAGCCACAGAAUGAAAGAAAAACAACGAAGCUUAGGGGCAUGCUAUUCACUGAGGGUAUUGGUGUGUCUGUGUUGAAACAAAAUGAUGAUACGAAGAAAGGCGGUAGUGGUGCUGGUAGAAGAACGAAAGCAGUGGAUGAAGAAGAUUUCAAAUAUGUAGAAAAGUUGGAAAAAGAAGAGCUAUUGGCUGGCGCCGGCAAGUGUGUGUUGAUAGAUCCCGGUCGGCGCGACAUGCUAUAUUGCAUGCAUGAAGAAAGCAUCAUAGAAAGCAAGAAGACAUACAGAUACACAAGCAAUCAAAGAGCAAUUGAAACAAAGUCAAGAAAAUUUAAGAAGUUCGAGGAGAGCUUGAAGCUUGAUGAUGUCAGAGCUGCCGAAGUAUCAUUGUCAAAGUACAAAUCUUCAACAGUUAAUGGAGACAAGUUUGCCAAGUACCUUCAGGAAAGAGCAACAGUAACACCAGUCUUGAGUAAGUAUUACGCAAAUGAAUAUAUUUCUGCUGUAGAAACAAACUUGUUGCCGUUUCAAAAAAUGAAGCUUUCCAGCUUUAUAAAUGGACAACAAGCAGAUAAACAACUGGCUAGGAAUCCGAUAACAAAGCUCGGUGAUAAUGGUACCCUGAUAAUUGGCAACUGGUCUGACGGAAAUGUCAAGUUUCACGAGCCCAUUAGAGGCGUUGGAAUGAGAAGGAUACUAGCUAAACAAGGAUCCAAGGUGCAAAAACUAACAAUGUUUGGAGGCCAUGACUGGUACAAUUUCUCGUCAUCACCUUUGGAACCGAGAUAUAGUGGCCACUUUAAAUUUCAGGCACAUCCUUUUUGGGCUGCAAAGGCGACCUCAUCAGCUAGUAGUAGACCAACCAAGAAAAUAACCAAUCCAUUGAAGUUACCGCUAUAUUAA